GGAGAUUAUAGAGGGGAGUGCCUGAGUAGCUGUUAUGAGCCUGCAAAAAAACAGACACAGUGCUGUGUGUGAGCCCAGAAGGAAUGGCUGACAACCGUGAAGCUCAGAUGAAGCCUCAGAGGAUUGCUGACAGCUCUAGUGACAGGACAGGUUCCGAAGACACAGGACUGGGAUGCUGCGGCUGGGUUUUGGUCAUCAUCUCUUUCUUUUUUGUGCUUAUUACCUUUCCCUUAUCAGUAUGGAUGUGUAUAAAGAUUGUAAAGGAGUAUGAACGAGCUAUCAUUUUCAGGCUGGGCCGCAUCUUGCGCGGAGGAGCAAAAGGGCCAGGUCUGUUCUUCGUCGUCCCCUGCACAGACAGCUUCAUCAAAGUAGACAUGAGAACAAUUUCAUUUGACAUUCCUCCCCAAGAGAUCCUGACAAAGGACUCUGUGACUGUCAGUGUGGAUGGUGUAGUGUAUUACCGGGUCCAGAAUGCUACCCUGGCUGUAGCUAAUAUUACAAAUGCAGACUCUGCCACCCGCCUCUUGGCCCAGACCACCCUGAGGAAUGUGCUGGGUACAAAGAACCUUUCCCAGAUCCUGUCUGACAGGGAAGAGAUUGCCCAUAGUAUGCAGUCUACACUGGAUGUUGCUACAGAUGAUUGGGGUAUUAAGGUUGAACGUGUGGAGAUCAAAGACGUAAAGCUUCCCGUUCAGUUACAGAGAGCGAUGGCAGCUGAAGCUGAGGCUACACGAGAGGCCAGAGCUAAGGUUAUCGCUGCUGAAGGAGAGAUGAACGCCUCCCGGGCUCUAAAGGAAGCUUCCAUAGUCAUCUCUGAGUCACCAGCUGCAUUACAGCUGCGUUACCUGCAGACACUGACCACCAUUGCAGCAGAGAAGAACUCCACCAUUAUCUUCCCUCUACCAAUCGAUAUGCUGCAAGGCAUUAUGGGUGGCAGGAAAUAACUGUACCCCUGACACAAUGUAUCUGAUGAAAUGCUACAGUAAAAAGCUUGGUUCUGUAACUUGUAAGAAAUUGUGUUAAAAUGUAAAUUACUUUAUUUUGUAUAUGAUUUUUUUUAUGCAGGCUAAUUGCUUUAUGUCAAACUAUGGGUAUAUAUUGUGUAAUCUGCACUAGACAUAUAAUGCCUUAAAGCAGAGAUUACUUUUUAGCCAAUAGGAAGCUGCAACAUUCUAAAAUGUUAUUGCUGCUACUUCUAUGAGGCCUUAGAAUGUCUUGUGAAUGUUUUAAUACUGUUUCAUAUAGAAGAUUAUUUAUCUGACCCCUCCCACACAAUGUAACUCCUGUAAUGGCUACAAAGGAACAUUUGGUUUCUGCACCUUUUUGGUGAUUAAUGAAUGGACCUUGGAGGAUAAUGUUCUGUUACAUUUUUCAGAUAUUUGGCCAUAGAGAGUCUCAGAUUUCCAUCUUCCUCUAUACAGGUUUUGCCUCCCUAAACUGCUGUAAAAACAACCCUUAAAUAAUAAUCAUGGGCAUUAAUAAUCCCCUUUGAUAUUUUUAUACAACUAAUAUUGCUGUUAAAUUAAUCUGUAUAUCAUAUUAGAUUUUCAUUAUUUAAUGUUUACCCAAAUACUAUAAUUAUAUUUUUUGUAUUCCACAAAAUGUAAUUUUUAAAUUAAAACAUUUUAAAAGUUGAAGACAAAAUGCCUUACACAAAAUCCAUUUUUUCCCCACCAUUUCUGUAUCACUUUCAGGAUUAAUCAAAUUGUACCAAAUAAACAUGUUACCUUCGUUUAA